AAUUAGGAGACCAAUACUAUUAAACGGGUCGCGCCUUGCGUGGGUAACGACCCAGAACCCAUUGCGCCUCAAAAUCUCCAGUCAAGCUUCCCUUUGCAUUUACCCGAUAAAGACACGCCCAAUAUUCGUUGAUUUCAAUUUGAUCCACCAAUCGCAUUCAUGUGAUAAAAGAAGCUUACUCGUCGCAAUUAUAAGCACUUUUAUCGAUCUCGAUCUAGAUCUAGCGCUUCAAUUUUGUCUAUUGAAAAUUUGAGUUUAUACGACAGCGUUAUUCCGAAUCAAGGUCGAUCUGGUAGAUUAGGGUUUCAGAUCUCUCCAAUUUGAAGGAAUCAGAUGUUAGGUUAGGGGUUUGGGUUUUUUUUGAAGAUCGAGGAGUUUAACAAAAAAAAUGCCUGUAAAAGUGGCACAAUCGUCAUUUAGGGAUCGAACGCUGGAAUUUCAGAGCGUAGCGGAGAGGUUAAGGAAGUCGUUCUCGUCUGGGCCGGGCCAAAAUGGGCCGAGUAGCAGUAGUUUGAGAUCGGCGGAACCGAGAUCUGUGGUUGCGCAUCAAUCGGAGUUCAAUAGGAGGGCGUCUAAGAUUGGGUUUGGGAUUCAUCAGACUUCGCAGAAACUUUCGAAGUUAGCAAAAUUGGCGAAGAGAACUUCAGUUUUUGAUGACCCUACUUUCGAAAUCCAAGAGCUCACUGCAGUUAUCAAGCAGGAUAUUACUGCACUUAAUUCUGCAGUGGUAGACCUUCAGCUUUUCUGCAAUUCUAGAAACGAAGGUGGUGUCUCCAGUGACACAUCUAGCCAUUCAACCACAGUAGUAGAUGACUUGAAGAAUCGCUUGAUGAGCGCCACAAAGGAGUUCAAAGAAGUCCUUACCAUGCGAACAGAGAAUUUAAAGGUUCAUGAGAAUAGAAGACAGUUAUUUUCUUCCUCAGCGUCAAAGGAUUCUCCAAAUCCUUUUGUACGGCAGCGCCCCCUGGCUGCCAAAUCAGCAGCUGGAGCUUCAAACAAUGUUCCUCAAUGGGCUAAUGGGUCUACAUCUUCAUCUCAGUUGUUUCCAAGAAAGCAGAUGGAUGGGGAGAAUCAGCCAUUGCUCCAGCAGCAGCAGCAACAACAACAAAUGGUUCCAUUGCAAGACAAUUACAUGCAGAGCAGAGCUGAAGCUCUUCAAAAUGUAGAAUCCACUAUUCAUGAGCUAGGCACCAUCUUCAACCAGCUAGCUACUCUGGUUUCUCAGCAAGGAGAAAUAGCUAUCAGGAUUGAUGAGAACAUGGAUGACACCUUAGUGAAUGUGGAGGGAGCACAGGGAGCUUUGCUCAAGUACCUAAACAGCAUAUCUUCUAACAGGUGGCUGAUGAUCAAGAUAUUUUUUGUAUUGAUUUUUUUCCUUAUGGUUUUCCUAUUCUUUGUGGCAUAGUCAAUUAAGUGAGAUGGCUGGUUGAAGAGAGAAAAGGAAAAUGAUAGUGCCUUUUCGUACUCUUCUAUUCCUCACAUAUACCAUCUUUUUUUUUUUUUGGCUUAAAGCCACAAUCCAGUCCUGCAGAGCUGUGGUUGGAUCCAUUUUAUUUACCUUGAUGUGUAUGUAGGGGUUCAUUUAAAUUGUACAAGGUGUUAGAAACAAUGAGAAUGGCUGAAAAUAUUCCUUUUUA